AUGCCCUCGUCUCAGGGGGCCAUAAGGGCCCCCAACAUGCUCAACAGCAGCAACAACAGAUGCAGCAGCAACAGCCGCAGCAGCAGCAGCGUGCGCAGCAACAGCAAAAGCAGCAGCAGUAGCAGCAGCAACUCAACGGAGCUAGAGGGAGUCCGUCUUGUGGGCAUUUCCUCAUCAGAGAAAAUCUUAAGCAGCUCUUGGCCAAAGAACAAAUGGAGUUGGAUAAGAGACUCCUGCAGCAGCAAAUGCACCAGCAGCAGCAGCAAAUGUAUCACCAACAGCAACAUCUGCUGCAGCAGCACGAAUGAGGCCACUGAAGAGCUUGUGAGGAGGCAUUCCUUCCCUGGAGCGUCUGGAACCAGCGGCAGCAGCUCCUCAGCAGCUGCAGUAGCAGCAACAGCGGAUGGUGCAGCAGCGGGAAUCUGCUGCUGGUACUGCAGCAACCAAAGUAAGAACCCUUUGUUAUGCUACAGCUACCGCAACAGAGCAACAGCUGCAACAGCAGCAAACACCAGCAGUCGCAGCAGCAACAUGUUAUCUGUUGCAAGCACUCCUGCCCACAGCAGCAGCAGCAGCAUUAACACCCCCCGCAGCACGUCGGAGAUCCAUGGCAAAGAAGAAGCACUGCAGCACCAACAGCAGCGGCAGCAGAGUCAACCGCAGCAGCAACGGCAAGAUAGCGAUUAUCAGCAGCUGCUGCUGCUGCAUCCUGGGGGGCAGCAGCAGCAAGCGCAGCAACAGCAGCAACUGCAACAGCCGCAACAGCCUUUCCAGCUUGUAGUUGCAAAGGAAGUGACAGAUAGCAGCGGCGUCGCAGCCUCAGAACCUAGAGAGCAGCAGCAGUCAUGCUACCAGCAACAGCAAGCUGCUGCAAAUACUGUCGUUUCUGUUGAGGUGGAGGAGCCUCCCCAAAGGGAGGAUGACGGUCAGCAGCAGCAGCAAGAGCAACAGCAGCAGCAACUACAGCAGGGGCAUCAGGAAUACCAGCAGCAAGUGCAGCACCAGGAACACCAAGAACAGCAGCAGAAGCAGCAGGAACAGCAGCAGCAAGAGCAACAGAAGCAGCAAGAGCAGCAGCAGCAAGAGCAGCAGCAAGAGAAACAUCAGAUACAAGCGCUGCAGCCACUAGAGACGCAGAAUCAACAAGAACUGAAGGAAGCCCAGGCAACUUCAGCCAGCCAAGAGGAACCAACAGCCGAAGCAGCAGCAGUAGAAGAAACAACAGCAACAACAGUAGAGGCAGAUGUAUCAACGGAGGAAACUGUUGCGACAGCAUUAACAGCCUCUCCUGCUGCAACAGCUGCUAGCACUAUCGCUGCUGCAGUACCUGCUGCAGUACCUGCUGCAGCAAGCUGUCCGUCCGAUCCUGUCUUCGAACCCUCUAUAGGGGCAGUGUCUCCUUACAGCAGCAGAGACAACACCCCCACGUCUGUUUCUUUUUGUCUCGCUGACGAAAACUGCUGCACUGCAGCAGCAUCUCCAGAGGUAGGUGUGCAGCAGCUGACAGUAGCCACUGCUGCUGCUGGAACACCUGCUGCUGCCACUGCACCUGCUGCUGCUGCCGCUGCACCCCAUGAAAUGCACAAGAGACACAUACACCAAGGAGACAGCAAGUACAAGGAAAUCCUCAUUGAAACAGCACACAACGAGCAGCAGCAGCAGCCAGAGCACCAGGAGCAGCUACAGGCAGAUCAGAAGCAGCAGCAGCACCCCGGCCAGCCCUUAUCGCUCUUGUCCCAUUUGUGCGAAGAAGCAGCAGCAGCAUCAUUCUCUGCAGCAGAGGAGCAGCAGCUGCUUCUGCAGUUCGAGGAGGCUAUAGGCUGCCGUGGACGCUCCGCCAGCGCAGCAGCAGCAGAGGCGCCAACAGCAGCACGAGGAGCAGCAGUUUCUGGAACAGCAGCAGAAUCACUAGCACCAGCACGGAGACAAGCAGCAAGAACAACAGUAGUAGCGGCCGACGAAGCACCACUAACUACAAAUGUUAUAGACCUGUCUGCUGUUGGGCAGCAGCAGCAGCAGCAGCCGGACAAUGUCACUUUGCUGAGUGCUCCAGCAGCAGCACCAGCUAUAGGAACUGGUGCUAAUUGCUCUGUGACUAAGCAGAGACAACUAAUACAGAAGAUGAGGGAGGGCCUAUCGGCACUACAGCAGCAGCAGCUGCAGCAGCUCAUUGAGGAAGAGGAGCAGCUGCUGCUCCUGAGGAAGGAGAAGAUGGCAAUCCUUGCUGAACUGGAAGAUGACUCAAACACGCACAGCAGCAGCAGCAGCAGCAACAACAACAACAACAACAACAGCAACAACGGCAGAAGCAGCAGCAGCAGCAGCGCCACCAGCAGCAGCAGCAGCAGCAUGGAUAUGACGUUUCCGAUGAAUGUGCUGAACAGCAGCGAGGCAGCAUUUGCAGACGUACAACUUGUCCUUAGAGCCAACAGUGCCCAGGCUGCACCCGCCUUAGCAGCAGCAGCACUGCAGCGGCAACAACAGCAGCAACGGCGGCAGCAGCAAAGUAGUAAAGAAAAGUAUGGAGUGGGGGACAUGGCACUUUCUGCUGCUGCCUUCUUUAGUAUAUCUGUCGCUCUGCAGCGGACAGAUGCAUACCGCCAGCAACAGCCACAGCAGAAACAACAGCAGCAGCAGAGAGAGCUGCCACUGGGGGGCGUCGCUGCUGCACUGCAGCGUGUGUGCGUCUCGGAGCAGACUCUUGAGGACUCUUUGCUGCUGCUACGAGCAGCAGCAGCAGCAAACCCUCGUGAUGCUGCUGCACUGAUGAUGCUUGCUGCUGUUGCUUUGUACACUCGCGACUACCGGGAGGCAGAAAUCAGAUUUGAGCAGUUGCUGCUGGCGCUGCAGCCACUGCUCACCAACAGCAGCAGUAGCAGAAGCAGCAGGAGCACAGAGAGCAUUCCUGCAGCAGCAGCAGUUGCUGAAGCAGCAGCAGAAGGCAAGCCCCUGCUGCUCAGGCCGCCACACUUGCUACCUGCUGCGCUGCUGUGUGGAGAAGAUGCAACGGCACUUUUUUCCUGCUUUAGGGAGGCGCAGCAUGCGUCACCUUUGCUUGUCUGGCCAACGGCAGUAGCAACAAGUGCAACAGUAGACGCCGAAACCCAGAAGCAGCACCAGUUACGGGAGGCUGCCGUCGUAGCUUCAUCUCUUGAAUGGUUUUGCUGCAAGAGUUUGGGUCGCCUCGCUCUCGCCUUUGCUGCUGCUGCGGCAGCCAAAGGCCAUCUGCAGCGUGCGCUUGCUGCAGCAGCAGCUGCUGCAGCGACAGAAGCUGCAGAUGAUUCAUUGUGGGCACUGUAUGCGCACAUGCUGCUCAAGCUGAGGCAGGAGGCUGCUGCUGCUCUCGCGCUACAGCUAGCCCUGGCAGCGGCUACCCGCCGCAGCAGCAGCGCCAGCAGCAGUAGCACCAGCGGAAGCGCCCGCAGGCUCGGGAAGACAGACAUGUUAGGUAAACUGCUGCGUACUUCAUGCGAUCCGAAAGACGCAGUUGCUGCUGCACUUGCUGCUGCUGCUGCUGGUUCAGCAACAAAACACAAUCCGGGUGGAGCGACUAGCAAAGAAGCAGCAGCAGCAAGUGCUGCUGCUGCAGCGUCUCUACACUGCAAGGCCCUGACAAGCGCAGCCCUCAACCUCGUGAUAUCGGCACCACUGCCUUCCUUGCUUAGGAGGGAUCGACGUAGUCCUGCUGCUCUUGCUGCUGCUGCUGCUGCUGGCGCUGCUGUUGCUUCUGGCUGCAGCAGCGAUGAAUCUCUUAUUGCACGUUGGCAGCACAUGCAGGCGGAGGUGUUUACGUGCCACGCACAGAGGCUGCUCCAGCAGUCCAGUGCUCAACAAACGGCAGCAGCAGCAGCGACAGCAGCAGCAAGGCAGCAGGCACUAGCUUUACUGGCGGAUGCGGGGAGGCUGUGCGACAAGCUGCUGCUGCAGCGGCACCUGCCCCUCCGGACUCUUGCUGCUGCCAUGUCUGUCAAAUCCUUUGUUUAUCUCCUCAGCAGCAACAGCAGCAGCAGCAAAGAAGAGGCUCUGAAGGCAGCAAGAGCAGCCGUACGGCUCUCACCCGAUAUGCAGAGUCAGACUCGAUUGGGUUUGGCUCUGCUUUGCUGCUGCAACAACACAGAAGCCAUGGCUGUGCUGCUGGGUGCGCUGCAGCGGCGGCGAGCUGCGUAUACACCUGAGCUCACGGGUUGUGCUGCAGCAUAUCUGGCCGCUGCCGCCGCACGAGAACGGGAUCGGUUGCUGCUUCAGCAGUCUUCUUGCUGCGGCCAAACCCCAGCCCUGCUGCAGCAACUAAUCUCUGUGUCUCUACACUCCGCCGUACUGCACCUGCCGCAACUGCGCGACUUGCUGCAAAGUGCAUGCAACAACAGCAGCGUCAGUAAACAAGAAGGAACGGCUCUGCUAGGUUUGAGCUGUCUCCCGCUUGUCGAGCCAAUAGCAACGGAACUGUGGGGACUGCUGCAACAGGAGCAGCAGCAGCGCAGCAACAGCAACAGCAGCAGCACCAACGGCUGGAGUGGCGACGCAGAAGGCCGGUCUGCAAAGGACCUUCUAUCUGCAGUUUCUUGUCUGGGGGAAACCGUCAAGGCAGCAAUGGCAGCAGCAGAAGUAGCGGAAGCAGCAGAAUCAGCAUCAGGCGCAGCAGCAGAGGCCGCCUCUGCUGGAAAGGUUGCUGCAGCUGCAAUGCCGAGCCAGCGCGUGCUGAGAAUUCCUCAGAAAGAAGUUGCGGCAGCAGCUCCGUAUUUCGCUGCCUCCCCAAAACCGCAGCAGCAGCAGCAACAGCGGCGGCUGGCGGAGCAGGAGCGGUCACUGAGAGGGGUGCAGCCAAAGUCCCCUCAGCGUUUGCUGCCGAUCCUCAACUCGCAUGCAUCGGCUUCUCGCUCCGUUGCUGCUGAGGCCAGCCAGACUGCAACAGCAGCAGCUGCUGCUGCUGCUGCAUUGCAGGGGGCACCAGAAGCAACAGCGUCAGAAGCAGAACUAACGGCCCUGCGCCUCCUUAAGGACUGUCAAUCGCCUGAAGGCUUUCCAGCAGGGGAGCAGCAAACUUGCAGCACAGCAGCAACAGCCACAGCAGGGAGCACUGUUGCUGCAGCAACAGAAGUAUCAAAACCUGCUGCUGCAUCUGCUGUGGGCCAUCCUCACAACAGCAAGGAAUCGUACACACGCAUCACUGAACCAUCAACACAGCGGCCGCUAGACUUUCAGCAGCACCAGCAGCAGCGGCUACAGCAGCAGCUGCUGCAACAUCAACGACCUCAGCAGCAACACCUGCAACAGCAACACUUGCAGCAGCAAAAGCUUCAGCACCAGCGGCUGCUGCAGCAACAGAUUCAGCAGCAACAACUGCAGCAUCAACAACUGGAUCUGAAGGGGCAGGAUGACCACACGCAGCAGAAGGGGCAGGAGAAUCAUGUACAACAGCAACUGCAGCUGCAGAAGGAACGGCAGCGCCAGCAACAGCACCUACUGCAACAGCAGCAGUUGCUGCAGGGGCAGCUGCAGGUGCAGGCGCAGCAAGUACAACGGCAGCAGCUGGUUCAGCAAUUAAAUGCGCACCCCGACUCAAAUUUGCCUCGACUCAGGAGCACGGAGGCAGCUGCUGUGCCUGCUGCUGCUGUUGCAGCAGGCACCAGCCAACAGCUAGCAUGUGCUGCUGCGGCGCCGCUCGCAGUGCCAAGGUCAGGAGCAGAAGCUGCUGGACCUCCAACAAGUCACGUAGGAGUGCCUGCAGCAUCAGCAGCAGCUGGUCUUGCUGCAACACCUGCUGCUGCUGCUGCUGUACACCUCGGAGAAGGAGCUACAGACGCUUCUCCCAGGAAACAACUUUCUUCCCUCCCGCACCCGCAGCAGCAGCAGCAGCAGCAGUGGCGCAAGCAGUCUCAGCAGAAGCAGCAGCAGCAACACAAGUGGCAUCAGUGGGACAGUUCUUUCCUCUCCUAUCGAUUCACUACGACUACUAGCAGCAGCAGCAGCAGUAGCAACGCCCCGAGCUUCGUAGUACAGGGGGUGUGUACACCCGAGCGGCAGUCGACGCAGCCACAGCCCUCCUGGUUGCAGCCGCCGCAGCAGGAGACUCCGCAGCACCAGCAGCAGCAACAGCAGCAGCAACAGCAGAUGCUACUGAUGGGGUCACUGACGACUAAUCCUUUGCAGCAACAAUUGCCACAGCAGCCAGAGCAGCACCGCCAACACGUGGUGCCGCAGCAACCACCACAGCAACAGCACCAGCAACAACAGCAGCAACAGCAGCAGUUACUUGCUGCACUCGUGCAGCAGCAAGGCACCCGUGUUAUUAAGGCGGCCGCUGGGACACACCAGGAGGAGCUGCUGCUGCAGCAAGAGCGGCAACAGCAGCUGCUGCUGCAACAGCUAGAGAAGCAGCAGCUGCUGCUACAGCAAUUACCGAAAACUGGGGAGCGCGUCAGCUGCCUGCUGAAGCACCCGCCCACUGCUCCUAUGCAGCGGCAGCAGCAGCAGAUACGGCAGCAGCAACUCCGACUGCAGCAGCAGCAGCUUCAGGUGCAACACCAACUGCAGCGGCAGCGACUGCAGCAGCAGCACCGAGUCCAGCAUGCUUUUCAGCAGCAAAAUGGGCAGCAGAGUCAGCACCAACAACAGCAUUACCAACGUCUACUGUACCAGCCAGCUAUGGUGCGGCCUGUAGGAGCCCUGCUGCCUGUUGCUGCAGUUGCUCCAGCAGCAGCAGCAGUGAACUAUGCUGCAGUGGGCACGCCUGUGCGGGUUAUCAAUGCAACGGCGGGUCAGCCGUCUGCAAGCGUGAUCCCAGUGCUUGCAGCAGCGCCGGUAGCAACAGGAACAGGAGCAGGCCAAGCAGCGGCAACAGCAGAAGCCGAAGCAGAAGCAGAGAAGGCCAUUUUGCAGCAACUGCUGCAAGGGUUACAGCAGUUUCCGCCUCUCUUCCCCAAACAAAUGUUGAGGUGUCUGUUUGAGAUAGGGAGGGGUGGGUUCUCUCGUGUGUGGGUUGCUGAGCUGCUGGUGCAGCAGCAACGUGUUGCUGCUGCUGGUGGUGGCGUUGCUGGACCCCGUUGGUUGCCCGUUGCGCUGAAGUGCAUGCGGGUGUCUCCGUCGCUUCAGCCCGAAGCAACUGCAGCAGCAGCAAACGCUCUUGGUGCUGAGGAGGAGACUGUUUCUCUCCAGGAGCUGCAGCAAGAAGUGCAGCAGCUACAGAGCCUCGACCACCCAUGCAUAGUCAAGCUGCUUGGAGUGUGUCUGCUCUCCAGAAGCAGCGACAGGCAGCAGCAGCAGCAGCGGCAGGCGCCUCAGCAGCAGAAGCAGCAACGACACUACCGUGUCGCUCUUGUCAUGGAACUGUGCAGCGGAGGUAGUCUGUACUGGCUGCUGCACGAGCAGCGAGCUCCGCUGUUGCUGCGGCAACGGCUGGCGAUUGCUCUGCAUUUUGUGGCUGCCUUGCAGUAUCUGCAUUGCAGGCCUAUUCCCAUCGUACACAGAGAUAUCAAGUCCCUCAACAUUGUGCUGGACGCAGCAGGAAACGCCAAACUGUGCGACUUCGGCCUAGCUGCGGAGGCGGAUCUGCCAAGUGCUACAGCCGGCAGCAGCAGCAGCAGCCGCAGCCUCACAGCUUCAAUGCGUCUCAUUCUCCCCAAAGAGCCUCUGCAGCCAGCGGGAUCUCCCCGCUAUAUGCCCCCAGAACUGGCGGCCGGAGUGGCGACGCAUUUGGAUCCUUCUCUGGACAUUUGGUCCGCUGCAUGUGUUUUGUUGGAGUUAUUUGGGGGCCCGUUGCCUUACCAUUGCUGUCAGACGUUUGAAGAAAUACAAAAACAGCAUGCAGACAGAGUGCUAAGAUGA